AUUUCCCCGACGGACCACUUCACAUACAUGCCCGUGAAGUCGUCCUCUGUCAUGUGUUGUAGCACCUGAGCUUGUUUGGACUGUGUUUCCUCCCGUGUUAGUUUCAAAAUUUGACAUUUUAACAGCCGUACGUUAACGUGUGUGAUAAAGAUGACAGCCAGGGGGACACAGAGCCGCUUCCUGCAGAGUGUUCUUCGAAACGGGGUCGGUCGGUACGUCUGUCAGCUGAAACGGAUCUCGAUCAUCUUCUCCAAAAAGGCGCAGGGCUCUUUAGGAGUCAGGGAGUUCAUAGAAGAGGGAGUGGUGGACUACGCCAAGAAAAACCCUUCAACUGUCGUGUACGUGUCUCCACAGACGAGCAGGAUACCCAAAAUAGUUGCAGAAUACUUGAACGGCAAUGUGAGGGAAGAGAUAGUCACAAACAAAACAUCUCCGCAGAUUUUGGAGCUUUUGACCAAACUGACCGAUCAGUCUGGCCUGGACAUCGUCCGCAUCCGCAAGCCCUUCCACACGGACAGCCCGAGCAUCCAGGGCCAGUGGAACCCAUUCACCAACCGGCCUCCAUCUAUCGGCCCCAUCAGACCGCAGAAACAGGACUCUCAAUAAGGACUCACUUCGGAUGUCAUUUCUCAUCCUUCCUGCAAGAUUUGUCUUUUUUUUUCUUUUUUUUUUUUUCUAAUGUCUGCCCUUGACAAUAAAUCAUAUUUUCAGCAAAUUUCCCCAACUCAUUCGUUAAAUAUUCUGCAAACUACGAUGUGAGUUUUUAUUUUUAAUAUGCCCUUCUGUCGUCCGGGCUGAUGGCCCUUAAGCGGUGCAGGAAAGAGCACACGGCUCCAGAUCUGAAUGCCACAUUUGAAUAGACACUACAAGAAUCCACCACUUGAGGCUUGUCAGCAGGAAUUGUUUAAAAAAAAAAAAGCAAGUAACUGCUUUUAAAUCUCAAGGAUAUUUUGUAAAAGGUGCAGCAGCAGCGCUUGGGAGAAGUUGGAAUGAAAAAAAUAAAAUAAAAAAAUUGUGCACA